UAAAUUACAGGAGUCACGAUUUUUGAAAUUGUGUUGAGUUUUCUUACUAUACAAAUAAUAUUCUCGAUAAUUCAAUCAUUUUCUUUCUUUCUUUUGGCUGAUUUUAUGCUGUAUAUAAGCUGGGAAAGUUCCUUGUUACUAAUUAUCCAAUUAAAUAUUGCCAUCGGGACCUGUGGAAUGAGCAUUGGUUUAUUAAUUGGUUCAUUUGCUAGCAGUUCAAUCAAAUCAUUUUAUGUAACACUGUUGGUGUACUUAAUAAAUAUAAUGUUGAGCGGUAUUUUUUGGCCAUUAGAUAAUACAGAAUUGGCUCUGCUACCGGUUUCAGUUGUACUACCAUUAUGUAUUCCGAUUCGAGUAGUCAAAGGUAUAUUAAUCCGAGGACGUCAAUUUAAUGCGUCAAUUUCUGCAGGAGUUAUUAUUUUUGCAAUAAUUACUAUUACUUUUUGGACACUCGUUUCAUUUACAACAUUUAUUUUAAAGAAAAAUUUAUUAUUACCAAAUUUAGAAGUAUAUUAUCAAUGA